GCCCGAGUGCUUGCCAAGUAACAGCGGGUCAGGAGCUUCUAAAGGCUGUGAGGCUGCUGUUGUCAGAGCCAAGCGCUGUGUCUCAGCUGUCCAGCAUUUACCUCCCACAGUGUGAUGCCGAGGGCGCCUGGAGGCAGGUGCAGUGCAGUGGCCCUCCCGAGCAGGCCUUCGAGUGGUACGAAAGGUGGAUUGCAGAGAACAACGAGGGCCAACCCCUGCCCAUUGCUGAUCUGCUGAGCAUCAUAGCUGGAUAUAAAGAGGCGUCAUCUAAGGGCUUUUCAGCUUUUGUUCAAGCUUUGUACGAGGCUGAGCACCAGAAUGUCUUUCCCACAUUUGCCCCGUACUCCUCCUUCACGGAUCUCCCACCUGAGGUGCUGGAGGGAAACUUGACCACAGCAUCUGAGAACGUUUUGCUGGAUCCAUAUACUUUCUGGCAGCUUCUGAAUGGGCAGCUGACAUAUUACCCAGGACCCUAUACUGAUUUCAGUGCUCCAUUGGGCCACUUUGAACUUCGUGAUUGCUGGUGUGUUGAUAGCAAAGGAGAAGAGCUGCAAGGAACAAAGGCAGGAGUGAAUCAGGUUCCUGCAUGCCCGAGUGCUUGCCAAGUAACAGCGGGUCAGGAGCUUCUAAAGGCUGUGAGGCUGCUGUUGUCAGAGCCAAGCGCUGUGUCUCAGCUGUCCAGCAUUUACCUCCCACAGUGUGAUGCCGAGGGCGCCUGGAGGCAGGUGCAGUGCAGUGGCCCUCCCGAGCAGGCCUUCGAGUGGUACGAAAGGUGGAUCGCAGAGAACAACGAGGGCCAACCCCUGCCCAUUGCUGAUCUGCUGAGCAUCAUAGCUGGAUAUAAAGAGGCGUCAUCUAAGGGCUUUUCAGCUUUUGUUCAAGCUUUGUACGAGGCUGAGCACCAGAAUGUCUUUCCCACAUUUGCCACGUACUCCUCCUUCACGGAUCUCCCACCUGAGGUGCUGGAGGGAAACUUGACCACGGCAUCUCAGAACGUUUUGCUGGAUCCAUAUACUUUCUGGCAGCUUCUGAAUGGGCAGCUGACAUAUUACCCAGGACCCUAUACUGAUUUCAGUGCUCCAUUGGGCCACUUUGAACUUCGUGAUUGCUGGUGUGUUGAUAGCAAAGGAGAAGAGCUGCAAGGAACAAAGGCAGGAGUGAAUCAGGUUCCUGCAUGUCCUGGUAUAUGUGAAGGUGUGAGGCAGAAAGCCAUGAAAUUUAUGGAGGAGGCAGAGCAGCUCAUCUUAGCCUCAAAUGAGUCCCACUUUGCUUUUGGAGAGAGCUUCUUGAUGGCAAAAGGGAUACAGCUCACAGACAGGGACCUCCUGCGCUCUGCUCGGCCCUAUGAGUCACAGACACUGAUCUCCCAAAAGCUGCUCUCAGGCAGUGACUCUGCUCUCCAGCUGGCUGCAUGGUCAGUCCUGCACUUCUACUGGCAGACUCACUUUUCUUCAAAAGGUUAUGCUGGGGAAGCAGCACAGCUGGGAUUUCUCCCUUACAUCCCACAGUGUGAUGGCCUGGGAAACUGGGAGCCAACUCAGUGCUAUGAGAGCACAGGUCAUUGCUGGUGUGUGGAUGAAAGAGGACGUUAUGUCAUGGAUUCCUUGGUCUCACGCUCAGCAGAACUUCCCAAAUGCCAGACUUCAUGUCAGCGAUCUCAAACCAAUGCGUUAAUUUCCAACUGGAGACAGAGUGGCUCAAAGCUGGAUGUGUCUGCAGCUGAUCUGUUCAUCCCCGACUGCCUUGAGACAGGAGAAUACUCUGUGCUACAGAGAUCCAGCACAGGUAUUUGGUGUGUGGAUCCUGCGUCAGGAGAAGUAUUUCAGCGUGGCAGCAAGGCCUUGGAUGGCAAUCCCGAGUGUCCCAGUUUCUGUAGUGUGCUGAAGUCUAAAACUGUUUCACGAGACUCUGCCAAAGGCUACAUCCCCCAGUGUGAGGGGGAGGAUGGGAGUUUCUCGCCUGUGCAGUGCAGCCAGGACCAGGAGAGCUGCUGGUGUGUCUUUGGCAACGGAGAGGAGGUGCCAGGGACACGAGUGAGCGGAGGGAGACCAGCGUGUGCAAGUCCACUGUGUGCUCUGCCCUUCGGUGCCUCAUCUCUUCCCAACGGAGCUGUAUUUUGUGAAAACGUUUCUGGACAAGCUCCAGGUGUCCAGCAGUGCCAGCUGGUGUGUCGUCAGGGCUUCCACAGCGCCUCUUCCAGCACCUCCUUCCAGUGUGAUGUGCAGCAGCGGCGGUGGGUCCAGGCUGCCCCGCUCCUCCAGGCCUGCCAGAAGCUCCAAUUAUUUCAGACAGUCCAAGCUCAAACACACUUCCAACUACUGCUGCCUCCUGAGAAGACAUGUAGUUCUGACUACUCUGGAUUACUCCAGGCAUUCCAGAUAUUUAUUUUAGAUGAGUUGAAGGCUCGUGGUUUAUGUCAUCUCCAGGUAAAUGCAUUUGGGAGUAUUGGCUCAGUUUCUGUCUGUGAUGAUUCCACUGUCUAUGUUGAAUGCCUGAGCACGGACCGCCUGGGAGUGAAUGUCACGUGGAGGACUCAGCUGGAAAACAUCCCGACAGCUUCUCUCCCUGACUUACAUGAUAUUGAAAAUGCAAUCGUUGGGGAAAAUCUCAUUGGAGCAUUUAUAAAAGAGAUUAAGGAUGGUGUUUUUCUGCUGCAUUUGGACUCCAAGCAGUUCCAAGCAGAUUCUGUAGUUGAUUUUCCCCGGGAUGAAGAGUUUGAUCUGUCUCCACGUGUGCAACUGGGAUGCAGAAGUGGGUUUAGAAGGAUUUCAUCUCCAGGGAAAGCAGUCCCAAGCUCGCAAGGAUGUGUUGUUUGUCCUCCAGGCAGUCAUUUCCAGGACAAUGAAUGCAUUCCCUGCCCUCUUGGCUACUAUCAGGAGCAGACAGGACGUUCCUCCUGUAUCAAGUGUCCUGUGGGCAAAACUACCAACUCCUAUGGGGCAGUCAGUACUGAUCACUGUAUCACAUACUGUCAGAGCAAUGAGGAGGGUCUGCAGUGUGAUGAAGAUGGCCAGUAUAGACCUUCCCAGAAAGACCCUGACACUAAGAAAUACUUCUGUGUCAAUAACUUUGGAGCAGCACUGGACUGGACUGGAACUGAGGAUCUCCUUACAGAUGACCAGUGCACGGUGCUCAGAAAAUUUGAGAGAGUUCCUUCUUCCCGUCUCAUUUAUGGAUCAGAAGAAGCUCAAAUUCUUCAGUCUCAGUCAUUUGGAGGAGACCUGCAAAAUGCAUAUUUUCAGUGCAUUUCAGGCUGCGAGAGGGAAGAUGCAUGUGGCUUUGCAACUGUAACUUCUGCUGGCGCUGAAGUUCUCUGUGAAUUGUACAGUGCUGCUGAAGUCAACUUCAACUGCACCACCUCUGGAUUGGUACAAGGUGUCUUGGGGAACCCUUCUGCCACUGGCGUUGGUGGCCUCAGCUGCCUGCUUCGUAUCAGGAAUCCAGAAGGAGAUGCACUGAUGGUCUAUUUGAAGAGAGGACAGGAGUUUAACUCGUCUGGACUCAAGGCCUUUGAGAGGACGGGUUUUCAGAACGUGCUGUCAGGCGUGUACCGCUCCGUGGUGCUCCCAGCGACCGCGGCGUCGCUGACGGACGCUCAGCUCCUGUGCCGGCAGCUCUGCAGUGGGGACUCCUGCUGCGACGGCUUCAUCCUGAGCCACACUGCCCUGGGGGGAGGUACCAUUCUGUGUAGUUUGCUGAGCUCCCCAGACGUGCUGAUCUGCGAUGGAAGUGUGUGGAGUCCAACACCAACCUCUGUCAUAGGUGGGAUAUGUAAUGGUGUGAACUACGACGAAAACGAGAAGACAUUUUCCUUCACCCUGGGAGGACAAGUGUUCAGUGGAACUUCUGAGUUGGUGAAAGAGGCAGAAAGAAAUUUUACAACCUUUCAGCAAGUUUACCUGUGGAGAGAUUCUGAUAUGGUCACACGGACUAAAACCUCUGAGUGUGGUGCUUCUGCUGCUUUGGAGACAGAGAGUGAUUUAGCAUUGUCAGAUUCCACAAAGGAUCUUUUCUACCUAGUGGACAACAGCCAGAUACAAAGUGACCAGAACUAUUCUCUCCCUUACCAGCAGUAUUGGAUCUUCAGUCAGAAAUACUCAGCUGAGGAAGCUGUGCUUUGGUGUCUCACACGCUGUGCCCAGGAAGAUGAGUUUUGUCGGAUGGCAGAUCUUCAAAACACCACAGACAAAUACUCUGUGUGUACCCUCUAUCCAGAGGCACAGAUUUGUGACAGCAGCGUUGAUCAAACACCAGGGAACUGUCCAACUGUGCUGCCCCGGCAACCACAGACACUGUAUCGUAAAACAGUCACUCUUCAAAGUUCUGUGAAGAGCUUCUACACACGUGUACCAUUCCGGAAAGUAGCAGGAAUCUCAGUGAGGAAUAAGACUGACAUGAGCAGAAAAGCUGUUUCAGAUGGGUUUUUUGAAUGUGAGCGUUGGUGUGAUGCUGACCCCUGUUGCACAGGAUUUGGCUUUUUUAAUAACUCCCAGCUGUCAGGUGGAAAGAUCGUGUGCGUGACUCUGAACAGCCUUGGAAUCCAGACAUGUGCUGAGGAAACAAGAAGUGCUUGGCACAUUUCAAACUGUAAUUCUCCAGAUGCUGAAGUCAGAAUACACCCAUUUGGCUGGUAUCAGAAGCCUGCUGACUUGAAGAGCACCAUGCCUGACCUCUGUCCACCUGUUAGUUUACCUCUCAGGCCAGAAAGUACAGAGAUUUUGGAUGUAUGGCAACCCUUAAAUGUGUCCUCUGUUGUCGUGGAUUCAUCCAUCUCAAACUUUGAAGUUGUGCAAGUUAGUAGAGACAUAUCCAAUUACUUCUCCACUGCCAGAGACUUUUGCCUAUCUGCUUGUUCAAAGAACCAGUCAUGUACAGUGGUUACACUGGAAAUCCAGCCUUCAGCAAUAAGAUGCGUUUUCUACCCUGACACGCAGAUCUGCACACACGGCCUGCAAGGGCACAGCUGCCGAGUUUUACUCAAAGAACCUGCCACCUAUAUCUACAGGAGACAAGAUUUAUUCCUGCCCGUUUCUGAAUCGUAUUUGACCCCAUCAGUGUACAUCCCGUCCCAUGGAGAUCUGUUGGGCAAAUCCCGGGUGAUCCGCAUUGGCUCGGAAUGGAGAAAUAUCAGCCAGUUCCUGGGGGUCCCAUACGCUGCCCCUCCCCUUGCAGAGAGGCGCUUCAGUCCCCCAGAACCUUCUGCUUGGGUGGAAACCUGGAAUGCCACAGUGGCUCGGGCAGCGUGUUGGCAGCCAGGAGAUGGAGAGGCCCCGUCACAGUCUGUCAGUGAAGACUGCCUGUAUCUGAACAUCUUUGUUCCUGCCACCUCUGUCAAAAACAUGUCAGUGUUGCUGUUCUUCCACAAUGGAGGGAGUUACAAUGCUGAGGAGGGAAAAAUAACCUUGGAUGGAUCCUACCUUGCUGCCGUCGGUAAUGUCAUUGUCGUGACAGCAAACUACCGGGUCGGUGUCUUUGGCUUCCUUAGUACUGGUUCUGCUGAGGCGAGUGGGAAUGCUGGCCUUUUGGAUCAGCUGGCAGCUUUGAAGUGGGUGCAGCAGAACAUUGCUGGCUUUGGAGGAGACCCCAGCAGGGUUUCUUUGGGAGCUGACCGUGGUGGGGCAGACAUCACCAGCAUUCACCUGCUCACACAGACAGCAGAUACUGACCUUUUCAGGAGGGUGUUGUUGAUGGGAGGUUCAGCUUUUUCUCCAGCAUCCAUUAUUACUACAAGCAGAGCACAGACCCAAGCAGCAGUCCUGGCUGAAGAUGUGGGAUGCCCUUCAUCCACCAGUGAGGAAAUUGUAGCCUGCCUCCGCCAGUUGCCUGCUCGUGUCCUCAAUGAUGCACAGACUAAGCUGCUAGCUAUAAGUGGCCCAUUCCAGUACUGGGGGCCAGUGGUGGAUGGAAUUUACCUGCGGGAACCUUUAGCCAAAGCCCUGCGGCGCCCUCAGCUUCGGAAGGUAGAUCUGCUCAUUGGAAGUGCUCAGCAAGAUGGGCUCAUCAGCAGAGCUAAGGCAAUUAAGAAAUUUGAAGAAAGUCAAGGAAGAGCCAACAGCAAAACAGCCUUUUAUCAGGCUCUGCAAAAUUCUCUAGGAGGAGAAGAGUCCAACUCGUUCAUUGAAGAUGCAGCAACAUGGUAUUACUCCCUCGAACACUCAACUGAUGAUUAUUCGUCCUUUUCCAGGGCUUUGGAAAAUGCCACCCGUGACCAAUUUAUCACAUGUCCCAUCAUAAACAUGGCCAGUUACUGGGCUGCUGCCUCGCGAGGAAACGUCUUCAUGUACCACGUACCUGAGAGCUCCUCACAGAGCAGCUCGGGUCAGGAGCUCUUGCUGGAUGUUCAGUAUGCAUUUGGUCUACCAUUCUACCCGAAGUAUGAACAGCAAUUUACUCUGGAAGAAAAGGGCCUUUCCUUGCAAAUUAUGCAGUAUAUCUCCAAUUUUGUAAACUCUGGAAAUCCAAACUACCUUCAUAGCUUCUCCAGGAGGAUGUUGGGGGUGAUGCCACUCUGGCCUAUGUAUCUGUCAAGUGAUGAUGGUGAUAACUACAAGGAGUUCACUGUUUCUUUACCAACUCUUAAAGGAUUGAAAAAAGCAAACUGUUCCUUUUGGUCUGAUUAUAUCAGAAGGCUGAAAGCAUCCACAGGAAGUACAAGUGAUGGAGACUCAUCUGGUGAAAACAGCCCUAGUGAAGCUCCCAGUGAAGGACUUACCUCCCUGGAGAGCCAGCCCCUGGGAGACAGGGUGUCUUACAGCAGAUAGGAAAUCACAGUGCUAUCAGAUGGGUUUAUCACACGUUAUACAUCCACACAAACAUCUCACACCAGAUGAACGAGCUGCUUCCUUUAGUUAACUUUCUGAACAAGUAAAGUAGACCUCUCAAUGAAGUAGUUUUUUGAGAAAAUUGGUGAAUAUGGCACAAAAUAAGCACUACAGCUAUUGUUUAAGGUCAAAAGAAACUGUAAUUUGAAAAA